AUGGAUAGCAACAUGAGGCACUGUAUCCCACUUGAAAAAAGAGUAGCUAUUGCACUCUUUUCAUUGGGUUCGGCAGCAGAAUAUAGAACCGUUGCUAGUUUGUUUGGCAUUGGGCGCAGCACUGCUGGCGAAAUUGUGUUGGAUUUUUGCCAUGCAGUUUGCGAUAGUCUUGCAGAUUGCAUUAAUGCAUAUCCCCCACAUCCUCAAGAAGUAAAAGGAAUUGUAGAAGGAUUCAAAAUGGUGGGAUUUCCACAAUACUUUGGUGCUGUAGAUGGUUGCCACAUCGAAGUUCAGCCCAAGAAAGACGAAGCCAUAGAUUAUUAUAACUAUAAAGGAUGGUAUUCGGUCAUUUUGUUGGCUAGUUGUGAUCACAGAUCAAAGUUUACGUAUAAGGAGCUCCCUUAAGCAUUUCCAUGAGCACGCUGGUAUUUUCAAACAAACCAACAAACAAUUGAAGGCAUCAAUGUACUUGUGCUUCUUAUUGGCGACUCAGCCUUUCCUUUGUCACACCACAUGAUGAAACCAUACCCAUAUGUGGCUAAUCAAUCUCCAGUAGAACAGCUCUAUAACUAUCGACUGUCCAAAUGUCGCCAAGUGAUCGAGAAUGCUUUUGGUAACUUAAAGCGCGCUUCCGUAAAAUUGGAAGAGACUUGCAAGUAUCUCCUAAAAAUGUAAAUACUGUAAUUAAAGCGUGUUGCAUUUUGCGCAAUUUUCUAAAGAUUGAGAACGAUGAAGUUUCUUCAGCUUGGAUUCAAGACGCAGCAGAAGAUGCAACAAGACAUCAACCCAAUCACACAACAAGAUUAGGAGAAAAUUAUUCAACAGCGACAGCAAUUAGGAAUGCCAUCGCAAUGAGUUUCCAAAA